ACUCCCUGUACCCAUAAUAAAUACUUACUCGUCAGUCUUAACACAAAAUUCAAAGAGAGUAAAUCAUGAUGAGAGCAUCAUUAUAGCACAUAAAUAGCCACUUGUGCUGACUGAUUUCAGUGACGUAUUUGACAUAGAACUCAGGAAGUCAGAAAAAAAGAAAAAUUAAGGAAUUAAUUUGGUGAAGAAAGUACUUUUUUGGUGACAUUGAAUUUCACUUUUGUUUGUGCUUCCGAUUUCGUGUUCGUACGAAGAAAAAGUAUCAGCUCAUCAGUUUUAGUAUUAUCGUGAUAAAUAAAAAGAAAAAAAAGCUUAAAAUAGAUGAUAACGAGGCAUAAAAGACACUACAAUACGGAAAUAGAAGUGAAAAAAAGUUCUAAUCGUCCGUCGUCUUUGUUUAUGUCCAACAUCCAGAACAUCCAGAAUAGAGAUUAGUGUUUAGUGAUAAGUUAUAUCGAAAGAAGCAUCCAGAAUGUCAGAAAGUAUAAAGAUGUCAUUGCAGCAUGUACCAACAUUGUAUACAACUGCACUUAAACGUUUCGUGCAACAAAUGGACUUGACAGUGAAAAAGCUAAAUAGUAUGCAACAUCUACAUUUAUUGCCAACACCACUUUUAUCAGACAUAUAUUGUGAGAUGGCUGAAAAUUAUCUCUUACAAGAUGCCUUGCUGGCGGAAUUAAGUGACGUUAGUUUAUUUUGUAAACUCAUACGAUAUUCAUCAAUACGAAACAAUAUGUAUAAAGUGUUCAAGCUGAUGAUGAAGAACGAUAAACCUUUAGCGUCAGAACUACAGCGAAAAUAUGUUCAACGUACAAAAUUCCUUCUGACUGAUCAAAUAAUUUAUCAGAACAAUGAGAAACUGGUAUCACUUGUUGAUGAUCAACUUGAGGAUCGAGGAGAUACGACGAAUGACGUACUAUUUUUAAAUAUAAAUUCAAGCCGUAAUUAUUUUAAGGAAAUUGAUAAAGGAAUGAGAUUAGGAACAUUUCUGUAUGAAUGCGGAUGGUUCGAGGAUAGCUUAAAAGUUUUACAAAUUACGCGGAAUCUUAUUCAGGAAUUAAAUGAUGAUUAUCGGAAGUUGUUAUUAUUACUUAACUGCCUUCAAAAACUCCUGCACGCUCAAGCAUUGUUCUGUUGCUAUAAAGAUGCUUCCAUAACAACCUCUCAAGCGCUUAGUCUUAUUGAACAAAUACAAUGCAUGUCUAAUUCUGGUCAAAUAAUGAUAGAUGAUAAUAGAAAUCUGACAUCUGGUAUUCCGAAUAAUCUCUUGGCCAAUUUUUACAAUGAGUUAUCAAUGCUGCACUUUAGUCGUUCCGAGUUUGAUACAAGUUAUAAGUGGGCAGUAAAGGCACUCAAAUACUUAUCUCAAGAUACACCACAAAAGAUUAUCAUUGAUGUGCUUCGUCAGGCGGCUAAGAGUUGUGUCGUCAAAAGAAAAUUUCAGGUUGCCAAUCUUCUUAUCAAUAGUGCAGUUCGGAUUGCUGAAAAUACUUUUGGUACACAUCAUAAUGUCUACGCGGAUGCAUUGCUCGAUAAGGGAUUCUUUCUCCUCAAUGUUGACUCAAUCAAUCAAAGCGUUGAAGUAUAUAUGGAAGCACUGCAGAUAAAAACGAGUAUAUUUGGCGAGAGAAACCUUAAUGUUGCUGUGAUACAUGAAGAUUUGGCUUAUGCACUUUAUGUUUAUGAAUAUUCACGUGGUAAUUUUAAUUCAGCAUGUAUUUAUGUAGAAAAAGCAAUAGACAUAAUGAUGAAAUUAGCUCCAUCAAACAACUUAAUGUUGGCUUCCGCAAAACGUGUGAAAGCAUUAAUACUUGAAGAGAUUGCACUUGAUCAUAUGAUACCGCCUGACACGACAGACUAUAAAGGAUUAUUGAAGGAAUCUGAAGAUUUACAUCAAUCAGCACUGCAUUUAUCUUUAGAAGCAUUUGGUGAAGUUAAUGUACAAACAGCGAAACAUUAUGGAAAUCUUGGGAGACUUUAUCAGUCGAUGAUGCGCUAUAAUGACGCAGAGGAUAUGCAUCAGCGUGCAAUAAAAAUUAAACGUGAUCUUUUAGGAGAAUAUGACUAUGAAGUUGGCUUAAGUAUUGGACAUUUAGCCUCAUUGUACAAUUAUCAUAUGAAAAAGUAUCGUCAAGCGGAGGAACUGUACUUAAAAAGUAUUGAUAUCAGCUUGCGAUUAUUUGGCCAAACAUAUUCAGGAUUAGAGUAUGAUUACCGUGGAUUGCUGCAUGUUUAUGAGCAAACAAACGAUAAUGAUAAUUUUAUUAAAUUUUGUGAUAUUCUUGAUGAAUGGAGAGUGAUGAGACUAGAUGAGAAAAGGAAACCAACAUACAUUGAAUUAAAUGGUGACGCUACAAUUGAGGAUGUAACGCAGAAAUUCUUUGAAAUGUGCAGCGAUCACUAGUAAUUUAAUUGAAACAACAAUAAGAAAUAUCAUUUUAACAACAACAACAAAAGGAACAAUCAGUUCUGCUUAACGACAUUUUAGUAAUUGUGUACGUAGGUGUGAAUGUAAUUUCAAAUAAAUUAUUAUGAGAAUGUGAACAUUUUUAUCAGGUAGAUAAUAAUAUAAUUAAAAAAACUCUUUUAAGUGGAAUUAUCGAAGAAGAAAAAAAUCAAUCAAAAACUGCCUUAACGAAUAUUUUUCCCUGCCCUGUGUUUGAUAUUGAAUUAAUUUCCUCAAAAAUUAUCGCGUGAAAAUUUCAUGAUU